AUGUCAUCCAAGCUUCUGAAAAGGAAGGCUAAUACCUGCUCGUUUAGGUUUCUGGUCAUUGCUCUCUGCCUUUUCUUCCGCACGGAGGAAAGGGGGAAUAUCUACAUGUUCUCGCACGGAGGUUCGCGCACGAGCAUCAUGAAGAAUUCUAAGAUGGGAAAAAGCUCACGUGCCUUCCUUGUACAAUACUUUGACGUUAAUGUAACUUCACUUUGCAGUAGUAGUAGUAGUAGUAAUAGCGACAGCGAGAGCGAGAUACCAAUAGUGAUAGCGAUAGCGACAGCGAGACACCAACAGCGACAGCAACUCCAACAGCGACAGCAACACCAACAGCGACAGCAACACCAACAGCGACGGAACGGCAACGGCAACAGCAGAACGCAUGAAAAAAGCCAGAGUCCAGCUUUCCAAGCCGCAAUGGACACGAAAAGGCGAUCCGACUUAGUUCUGAUUCGUUGCUUUCUCGGAGCUGUCCAGCGCUCUUCGCCGCCACGCAGCCAGAAGCGAUGCUGUCACGAAGCAAUGCAGCCAAUCCCACUGCGAAGAUCGCCCCACAAAUUGACAUUUGACGCCACUGAUUCCAGCAUGAAAGAUCAGUUCCCCCCACACAUCACAGCAUGGUCCAAAAAAGUCAACUCCAAGCUGAUAUUUUGCAUCGGCAGAGAAGAAGGCCACCUUUUGCCGCUUCAGUCAUGGGAUCCCUUAAGUUCAAGGGUAAGAACUCGCACGUCCGCAUUGGCUGGCAGAGUUGAUAAAAGUAGCUCCUACAUCAGUUGGUGUAAACAUUUUCAACUAAUACUACCUCACUCCACUGGGUAUACCUGUGAUUUCAACAGGAGUCUGCGUCCCUAUUCGACGGACUUAGAUUCGCACAUCGAGUUCGUUGACGAGCCGGAUUGGCCGAACCAUGGGCCACCCGAAAGAGAGUCAGAGACCGGUCAAGAUCCCACUCAUGCAACAAAUUGCAAGGGAAGAAAAUGCGGCUUGAUUAGCUGCAGGGGGGACACAAGCAACCAAUCACAGGUCCUGCGAGGCGGUGAAAAGCCUUCGGGAUUUGCUGAACACAAAGGACAAACUGGCGACAAACCCGGAGCAUCCGGCCGCCCUGCCCUCCGCCUCCCUUCCGUCAAGGGGCUGAGGGUGCUUGACUCGUUCCAAGGCGCCCACCAAUUACGGGAGGAUCUUGGGGACACAGACCUGAAGAAUCAGCUAUGCGAAAAAUCGCGGUAUGUUGAGAACGAGCUCUUCCCAGUGCAACAUUUUUUUAUGCGACUAGACGAAAGAGAGAGCCGCAUCCUGAUCAUAAGCCGCAGUUAA